GGGGUUUCCCAGGCUCGAGAACAGGGUCACCGCACCCAUCUUCCGUUUGACGGGCGGCCGGAGCUCUCGAUCAUCAUCAUCAGCGCGUCUCGUUACAACAGUAGUAGUAGAUUUGACUGAAGCAGCUGUCUCUUGAUUUGCAUCGACGGUUGUGCAGCGGUCGCGGGUUUAGGGAGUGCCGCUGAUCUAACGGACCGUCCGCCGGCCCUUAACGGCAGCUGUGGAUCUCCGUUCGCUGUUUACAGUCAAUGAGAGGAACACAACAAACUGCGGCGACUGAACACAGAUCCGUGCGAGAGCCAGUGAGUGGACGGAGUAAAGCCCAUCGUCUAGAGGAAAAUGAGCGAACUCGACCAGUUGCGUCAGGAGGCUGAACAGCUGAAGAACCAGAUCAGAGAUGCGCGGAAAGCAUGCGCAGACGCCACCCUCUCCCAGAUCACAGCAAACAUUGAUCCUGUGGGCCGGAUUCAGAUGCGCACUAGACGGACACUAAGGGGACAUUUGGCAAAGAUCUACGCCAUGCACUGGGGCACUGACUCGAGGCUGCUUGUCAGUGCUUCCCAGGAUGGAAAACUGAUUAUCUGGGACAGCUAUACUACAAACAAGGUCCAUGCGAUUCCUCUGCGCUCCUCUUGGGUCAUGACGUGUGCUUAUGCUCCAUCUGGAAACUACGUGGCCUGCGGAGGUCUAGAUAACAUUUGUUCAAUCUACAACCUAAAGACCCGCGAGGGGAACGUUCGCGUCAGCCGGGAGUUGGCCGGACACACAGGUUAUCUGUCCUGUUGCCGUUUCCUGGAUGAUAAUCAGAUUGUCACAAGCUCGGGUGACACCACCUGUGCCCUCUGGGAUAUUGAGACCGGGCAGCAGACGACCACAUUUGCAGGUCACACGGGUGAUGUGAUGUCACUGUCUUUGGCCCCAGACACUCGUUUGUUUGUGUCAGGGGCAUGCGAUGCUUCAGCUAAGCUUUGGGACGUUAGAGAAGGCAUGUGCAGACAAACCUUUACAGGCCACGAGUCCGACAUCAAUGCCAUCUGCUUCUUCCCCAACGGCAACGCGUUUGCAACAGGCUCAGACGACGCCACCUGCAGGCUGUUUGAUCUGCGUGCCGAUCAGGAGCUGAUGGUUUAUUCUCAUGACAACAUCAUCUGUGGGAUCACAUCUGUGGCUUUCUCUAAGAGCGGACGCCUGCUGCUGGCGGGUUAUGAUGAUUUUAACUGUAAUGUGUGGGACGCUCUGAAAGCUGACCGCGCAGGUGUUUUGGCGGGUCAUGAUAAUCGCGUCAGCUGCUUGGGAGUAACUGAUGAUGGUAUGGCUGUGGCUACAGGAUCCUGGGACAGUUUCCUAAAGAUCUGGAAUUAAAACUAUGACGGCAAGACUCUACGGUUGACUGGAAGACCGUUCCAAUAUUGAAAUGUUCAGUUUUAUUGUCCUUUCUGCUCCUCUUCACACACACACACACACACAACAGAACUGACCCCAACAUCUCUAAAUGAUAAGAAAAAUCUCUUCUUUGGGAAAAAAACAAGAGCACAAUUGUAUCACUCAGCUAGAUUGUAGUUAAGUGGAUAAAGGUUGGUAAUUGUGCGGAUUCCUUCUGGGACCAUUUGAUCUGAAAGACACUCAUUCAUUCCACUGCUGUUAUCAUUACGCUAACAUCCACGGCAUCAUUAGAAAGUCUUUUUAAAACAAACUAGCUCGAUAUCUUUCUGGGCCUUUUUAUUUUUUGGACCCCUUCCCAAGAUUUAAAAUUGAGAAGCACAGGCGUGCUUUUGACUCCUAGGUUUUUUUAUGUAUUUUAGGAUCAGGGUCGUAGUUGGAAUAUUAAACAAGCAUGACAUCAUUAAUGUUGUGGAAAUCUGUCAAAGCUUCACUGCGGAUUUGAUCAGGGGUCCACUAGCUGCUAUCAGGCCUCUGUAUAUUUAGUCCAGGAAUUUUGUUUUCUGGUCUUGUUGCAAACAUUAACGUUUGUAAACGAGUACGGUUGUUUUGCAUAUAUGUAAUAUUGUUAAAAUAUGUUAACUAAGCACGUGCUGUUCAUGAUAACAAAUGCUCGAAUUUCGAAGAUGAUGACCAUGUCAAUUUUAUCCAUGUUUCUCCUUAUGCUUUUUUGUAGAGUUCAAUGAAGAUUAACCAAUCAUUAAAUUUUUUAUGUUGUUUUUUUCUUACCUGUUUGCUGUAGAGGAUGUUGACAGUAGGAUUGGGGCAGUUUCAUUUUUCAACAGAGGUGCCCAUCUUGUGCUUGGAAAACAGUUACUGCUCUGUGAAUGACAUGUUGUAUAAAUCAAUGUUUGAAAAUAAUGAUAUUGAAAACUUUUUAAGUUAAAAAUGGAAACGAAUCUUCUUUUGGUUGUCUGCCAUGGGUGGGAAACUCGUAGACUUGCAUGCUGUAGAAUUGCUUAAAAGAGGUGCAUAUGAAACUAAGUCCUUGAUGUUUUUCUUUUCUUAAAAAAAUAACCUGUUGAAUAGAUCAUCACAGUAUUUAUUUCUUUUUCUUUUAUUUCUGUUUGUUUUGUGUUUGCUACUCUGUGCAUACAUGCUUCAGUUUCAACGCUUCAGAGCUAUGCACUUAAGAGAAGCAAAGAUAACAGAAGACACGACGGUUCUGUCCCAUACACAUGCACACAGAGACACACACACACUGACCCUGUAAAAACACACACACACACACACACACACACUCGAAGAACAAAGACAGUCUCAUUCUCUCUCUGUAGCAAAACAACAUUUCUGAUACAAAGAUGAUGCUAGAAACAUUUUGUAACAAACAGGUUUUUGUUCUUUAAUAUAAAAAGCAGAAUUGAAUGGGAGAAUCUGUUGUUUCCACUUGACGCGUAUCUAAGAGAUGCUCUCUUUUCUCGGCUGUAGUGAGAUUUCGUUUCAUCCUCCGUAACAUUCUGUACAGAAACGCGACACCUCCUGUCAUUGUAUGUUAGGCCUGGAGUUGGCAACACAAAUAAAGAUUAAAAAUGAACUAAGUUUUCUCUUUCCCUCUCUUCAUACCAGUAACUUGCUCUGCAUUCUCUACUGUAAUCUUAUUCAUCUUUUGUAUUUAAUUUUAAAGUCAGUGUACAACAGAAAGCUGGAUGCAAGAUAGAAACUAUAUUAAAACGUACUGUUAUUUAAAAUAUAAUAAAAGCAGUUUGAGACGA